ACUGGGAUAUCUGGUCAAUACUGAAUUAAAUCUGCAGCCCAAUAGGCCUAUAGAAGUUUGCAGACAACAGAUGAACCGAUAUACAGAUAUAGGCCUAGUUAAAGCUAAUACUGGCAUUGCACAGUAGCACUAGCAUCUACUCUGCUAAGCAACAACUGCAGGUCUGACCAUGGGUUCCCUUUUUCGAAGUGAGAAAAUGUGCCUUGCACAGCUUUAUCUUCAAACAGAAUCAGCCUACGCUUGUGUCAGUGAACUCGGAGAAUUAGGACUUGUGCAGUUUCGUGAUUUGAAUCCUGAUAUAAAUGCAUUUCAACGGAAAUUUGUUAAUGAAGUACGAAGGUGUGAUGAAAUGGAAAGAAAACUGAGAUUCUUGGAACGAGAAUUAAUAAAAGAUGAAAUGGCGAUUGUAGACAAUGGAGAGAAUCCAGAUGCCCCACUGCCUCGUGAUAUGAUUGAUCUGGAGGCAAAGUUUGAAAAACUUGAGACUGAAAUAAGAGAAGUCAAUACUAACCAGGAGGCAAUCAAACGAAAUUAUCUAGAACUCACCGAGUUGAAGCAUAUUUUACAACGAGCUCAAAUCUUUUUUCAAGAGGUAGAAAAUCCUUUACGAGAAGAGGAUAUUCAACCAGAUUCAGAACAUCCGACUUUAAAAUUGGGAUUUGUUACUGGUGUCAUCGCAAGACAAAAAGUUUUUGGAUUUGAGCGAAUUCUGUGGAGAGCAUGUCAUGGAAAUGUCUUCAUGCGUUAUGCUGAUAUUGAUGAACUUUUAGAAGACCCUUACACAGGUGAAAAAAUUGAGAAGUGCGUUUUUGUUAUUUUCUUUCGUGGAGAUCAGCUUAAAAGUAGAGUAAAAAGGAUUUGUGAAGGGCUACGAGCAGAUAUCUAUCCAUGUCCAGAGAAAGCAUCGGAAAGAUUAUCAACUCUUGUAACAGUGACGGAAAGAACGGAUGAUAUGCGAAGAGUCUUGAAACAAACUGCUGAUCAUCACAAAAGUGUUUUAUCUGAAGUUGCAUUGAGUAUCAGAGUCUGGUUCAUUAUGGUUCGCAAAAUCAAAGCAAUUUAUCACACACUCGAUUUAUUCAAUGUCAACAUUGCUCAAAAAUGUCUGAUAGCAGAAUGUUGGUGUCCUGUUGAUGACAUGGCCAAAAUACAGCUGGCAUUGCAAAAAGGAACUGAAGUGAGUGGGUCAUCUGUGCCUUCUAUCAUCCAUAAGAUGAAUACGAAACGUGAUCCACCAACUUAUAAUCAGACAACGAGUCUAUCCAGUGCAUUUCAAGGAAUGGUAGAUGCUUAUGGAGUGGCAAAUUAUCGAGAAGUCAAUCCAGCACCGUUUACUAUCAUCACUUUUCCUUUCUUGUUUGCUGUGAUGUUUGGUGAUAUGGGACAUGGAUUAAUAAUGUUUUUAUUUGGUCUGUGGAUGGUGGCGUAUGAAAAGAGAUUGGCAACCUUCAGUGAUAGUGAGUUUUGGGAGAUGAUAUUUGGUGGACGGUACAUCAUAUUUUUCAUGGGAGCAUUUUCCAUGUACACUGGAUUUUUAUAUAAUGAAUGCUUUUCUAUCUCUCUCAAUGUCUUUGGAAGUGCUUGGAAUGUAUCAGCUAUGAAUUAUGGUCCGAUUCUUGAUGAUACAACUCUCAAGACUUUGACACUCGAUCCAGCAGUUCCAGGAGUGAUGAGGAGUUCAAGUGAAACAUUAGGAUAUCCUAAUGCAACAAGUUAUCCAUAUCUUUAUGGAAUGGACCCUAUCUGGCAACUUGCUGAAAACAAAAUCACUUUUCUAAAUAGUUACAAGAUGAAAGGAUCUGUUAUUAUUGGAAUAACGCAUAUGAUAUUCGGUCUAUUUCUAAGUCUGUUAAAUUAUAUUUACUUCAGAAAUUACCUGAAUGUGUUCUGCGUUUUCAUUCCACAACUUCUCUUUAUAUUGUCAAUAUUUGGAUAUUUGGUUGUUGCAAUCGUAUAUAAAUGGGCUGCAUGGACUGCUGCUGAUUCUAAGUAUGCUCCAAGUUUGUUGAUUGGACUCAUCAACAUGUUUAUGUUUAAAAAACCAUCUCGAGAUGACCACACUCUACUCUAUGAGAAUCAGAAUAUAGUUCAAACUGUAUUGGUGUUUGUUGCUGUUAUUUGUAUACCAUGGAUGCUUUGUAUUAAACCAUACAUUAUAUACAAGAGACACAAAAGGCAGCUUGCUCAUGAAAAUGCUAUGCUGCGUCAUGAUCCAAACACUGACAGUGAAUCUGCUCCUAUCGUUUCACAUGAGCAUAUAAGUUAUGGUUCUACAGCUGAGGGAACUGUGGAGGAAUCCACCGAAUCUGAAAGUGAUGAAGAACCGUUUGACAUGACGGAGGUUGUCAUCCAUUCAAUGAUUGAAACAAUAGAGUAUUGUUUAAGUUGUAUCUCUCACACUGCAUCGUAUCUACGACUCUGGGCUCUGAGUCUUGCUCAUUCAGAAUUGUCAGAGGUGUUGUGGACAAUGGUUAUGCAUAUCGGUUUAUCUUUUUCGGGAUAUAUUGGUAUUGUAGCUAACUUCAUUAUAUUCUGGGCAUUUUCUGUGCUAACUGUGGGCAUUCUGCUUGGCAUGGAGGGAUUGUCAGCUUUCCUACAUGCAUUGCGUCUUCACUGGGUUGAAUUUCAAGACAAAUUCUAUCACGGAGAAGGACAUGCUUUCGAGCCAUUUUCUUUUGAUCUCAUUGUCGAGGGAAAAGUAGAUGACGAUUAAAAUGUGUUUUGUUUGAAGGUUACAAUUUUGAACUUUGAAGUUUUCUUAAGUUUAUGCAAAGUGAUUACUUUUCGUUUGGAUUUGGUUCCUGACAAUUUACUCAAAGCAUUGAAAAAAUAUUUAGUAGCAUUUAUAUUUUUAUGAGAACAAAUAACCUGUUUGGUAUUACAGACAUUUCAGUGCAUAUUGUUGAUUUUAUCUUCUUUGGAUUGUGUUCAUUGUAUAUUUAGUCUAAUAUUACUGAAUGAUAAGAUUAUUUGUAUAUUUUUCCUAAAUCAGGUGGUUAAUGUUAUAAAUAAAUAUAGAAAUUGAUUUUUGCAUCAUUCUGCCAUUUUAUCCUUGCUAUACCAUGAAACCUUUUAUCCAUAUAUUAAAUAUUAAUAUGUCCUGUUUCAAAGUCACCAGCCAGCAUCGCAAUUGAUGUUAUAGUUUGAGUUUUGUUGCCAGAAAUCAAGAGAUAAUUUUGUUAGCGCUGCAUUAUUAUUGUAAAUGAUGUGCAGAGAACUCUGAUUGUAAUUUAGAUAAAAACUUUUUCAGUAUGUUGUAAUGAAUAUGGAUACUAGUUUAUUUUUUGUUUUCAGAUUAUACAGCUUUAUUAUAUGUUAUCUAUUUUCAUGUUCAUACUUUUAUUUACCUGGUAUAUAUAGGUUUGAUUGGAUAAAUAUUUGUUUAUCAGUUUUAAUUAAAAAUGAAUGUGCCAUUUUUUUCAUGAUUAACUAUUCAGUUUUAGUGAGCCCUGAGUUAACAGAAGGGGCAGGAAUAUUUUAUUUGUUGAAUAUUGAGCUUUCGGUGCAUGUCACAUUGUCAUAGUUCUCGUUAAGUCCUAAUACAACUGUCUUACUACACUAGUUUAAAGUGCCUCUAAAAUUAUCAAUAUUUUUUUUUAUCACCAUGCCUUUUUGAUUCCUUAUUUUUGUAAGUAGAAUAUGUAGCUGAUUCUCUUUAUAUUUUGAAAAUAGUGCAAUUAUAAUUUUGGAUGUAUAUUAGAUGUCAAUUUAUACAGUAGUACUUUUUAACAUGAUGUCACAUUAAAACGUAAUUGGCACCACCUUAACUGUCACAUUUCAUAUUGGCGCAAAGAUCAGGUUUUCGUCCUAUCCUUGUCACAUAUUGUGUUUCAUGUUUAUCAAGAAAU